AUGACAUUUGGAAAUUUCGAGAGCAUAUGUGAGAAAACAAGCUUCCCGAUAUGUGCUGUUGUUAAUGCUGCCCAUCAUUCUUCUGGGUUUUCAAGAGGUAUCGUUCCAGUAUGCUAUGCCAGACUGGUGGAAUUGGCCAACACAAUGAUCUUUCAGAUCGGUAAUGCUUUCAUUCACUUUGGUGCCAUCAUCGUCGGCCUUAUUAUCAUUUUCAACGUCCGUGCAAAGUAUACAGCCAUUGGAAGAACAGAAAUGUUGACAUUUUUUUACUUAUACAUCGCGCUCGUCAUCAGCUCUCUCGUGGUAGAUUGUGGUGUCUCGCCUCCAUCCUCUGCAAGUUACGCGUACUUUGUUGCUCUUCAACUUGGGUUUGCUUCAUCUGUAUGCAUAGCCCUCUUGUUCAAUGGUAUUGUCUGCUUUCAGUUUUGGGAAGACGGCUCUAAGAAGUCUCUUUGGUCCAUGAGAGCGGUUUGCGCUAUCUGGUUUGCUAUUAAUUUUAUUGUUGCCAUUGUAUCAUUGAAGUCAUGGGACUUGCUGCUGGAAGACACCAAAACACUGGCGUUGUUCGCUGUCAGCUAUGUCAUGAACGCCGUCAUCUUAGCAGUGUACGUUGUGUCGCAGUUGAUUUUAGUUUUCGUUGCAUUGGAUCUGCUUUGGUACUUGGGAGCCAUUGUGCUCUUCUCUUUCUUUUUCAUUGUGAGCCAAAUUUUGGUUUACGUGUUCAGCCAGCAGAUUUGUGAAGGAACUACACACUAUGUGGAUGGUUUGUUCUUUGGGUCCCUUUGCAAUUUGUUCGCCGUGAUGAUGGUCUACAAGUUUUGGGAUAUGAUCACAGCUGAAGAUUUAGAGUUUUCCGUUGCAAACGUGGAGCACGGCAUUUCGGCAUUCGGAGACACAGAGAAAAGGGGAAGCACUUUUUACUAG